UGCGCGACGUAUUCAGCCUCUGAGCGCUGAGCGGGGUCGACCCCGUGUCGCUAUUUUCGGCCGGAGGGUCAGGGGGGGUGGCGGGAACCCGAGUUGCCGGCUGGGGCCGCGCCCCUCCAUCUCUUCCUAACUACCUGUCCGCAGAGAAGCGCUCGGAGUCCCCGGACUGGGUCCCAGCUGUCCUUCCGAACGGCGAGCCUCAGUUUCUCGGUGGCACUUGAACUCGCCCUGGGAGGGAGACCGGUCCGCAGUCUCCAGCCGCAGAUCCGUGGACCCUCUUCACGGACGCUUCGCGCAGCCUCAGGUGACUGCACCCCCGCCCAGUAUGGCAGCCUCCCCGCUCCCACCGCCAGAUCCCCAGUUUGUCCUCCGAGGUACCCACUCGGCGGUGCAUGCGCUGCAUUUCUUCGGAGGAGCCCAAGGACAGGGGCGCCCACUCCUCCUCUCAGGGUCCCUGAGCGGGCUGGUGCACAUCUGGAGCCUGCAGACGCGGAGGGCGGUUGCUACGCUGGACGGCCAUGGGGGCAAGUGUGUGACCUGGCUGCAGACACUGCCCCAGGGGCACCUGCUCCUCAGUCAGGGCCGGGACCUGAAGCUGCGCCUAUGGGACCUGGCAGAGGGCAGAAACGCCGUCGUGGACUCUGUGCCCGUGGAGAGCAUGGGCUUCUGCAGGAGCUCCGUCCUAGCCAGGGGUCCAGAGCGCUGGAUGCUGGCCAAGCCAGGGGGAGGUAGUGACGAGGUUCAGAUUCUGGAGAUGCCAUCCAAGACGUCAGUGUGCACCCUGAAGCCGGAGGCAGAUGCCAAGCCGGGCAUGCCCAUGUGCCUGGAGCUGUGGCAGGCCGACUCCAGUCCCCGCCCACUCCUCCUGGCUGGCUAUGAGGACGGAUCGGUGGCCCUGUGGGACGUCUCUGAGCGGAAGGUGUGCAGCCGCGUCGCCUGCCACCCGGAGCCCGUCAUGGGCUUUGACUUUGACUCCCAGAAGGCCAGGGGCGUCUCGGGCUCCGCGGAGAAGGCGCUGGCUGUCUGGAGCCUGGAUGAGCAGCAGGCCCUGCAGGUGUGCAGAACUCACGAACUCACCAAUCCUGGGAUCGCUGAUGUCAAGAUCCGGCCAGACCGCAAGAUCCUGGCCACUGCGGGCUGGGACCAUCGUGUCCGUGUGUUUCACUGGUGGACGAUGAAGCCACUGGCCGUACUGUCCUUCCACAGUGCCACCAUCCACUGUGUGGCCUUUGCCACUGAUGGCUUGCUGGCCGCAGGGUCUGGGGAUCAGCGCAUUAGCAUUUGGUCGCUCUACCCGAUCCGCAGCGAUGCGUCCACUCCCUCGGUGGGACACGCAGAGGGCAGGGAGGUGGGCACCCAGGCUUUGGCCUGACCCAGGCAUGUGGAAACCGUGCAUCGGGACCCUUGAGGACAGCCAGUUGUGGUUCUCCUCCUCCAGUUACAAGAGGAGCUUGGUCCAUGGAGUCUUCGUUUUCUGCACAAGGCUUGUGUUUCCUUUUGCGAAAUACAGCAUCUGUAUGACAGUGACUCUGCAGUUCACAAAGAGUAACUGGGCCAGACACCUGAGCAGCUACAGCCCAAGUGAGAGGCCAACCUGGGGCUCCUUUACAAUUAACCUCUAGAUGCAAACCUGUGGGCUCAAGGUACAGAUUCUCCGACGUGAUACCCUGGAUUCCCCGUUAGGGUCAGCUCCGAGAGCUCUCCUCAGACCUUCCACUGGGCAAGGCAGUUGACCCCUGUCCAGUGGGGGACACCAGAUGUGGCCCCCAGGUCCUGCUGACUCUGUGUGGCUCCUCACCCCAAGGAUGACCAGGAGCUCCUGAUGCUCAGGGCUGAAGCCAGAACCUGUAUAAAGAAGUGAGCAGACCCCUCAAGGGAGCAAGGCAGGAGAAGGGCGGGCUGUGGAUGAUGGCAAAGGCAAGGAGAGCUCAUGGUUCAGGACCAGGCCAAGCACCCUGAAUCCAUGGGAGGAAGUGCCCCAAAGAGAGGAAGACCAAAGACGGCAAGGUGCCAUCUUCGGGGUGGAAAGCACAGCAGAAUUAAGUGUGGCUGACACAGCCACCAACAACACAGAGCCAACAGUGUGCACACAGGGCAACUGGGAAUGAGCAGCCAAAGCAACAAGUGUGUCUGGAGUCUCCUUCCAUGCAUGGCUGGGCCCAGCCGUCAGGGCAUCUUUUAAAGCUGGGCUGUUGACUGGGAAGGAAUGGGACCCUGGAAAUUGGGGUGGGGGCUGUGGGCAGUCAUUGAGGAAGCUGGGGGCCUCAAACCCCUUUGUUCCACUGCCAUUUUUUGCCAGAAGAGCCCCUUUGGUCUCUGCCUAAAGAGGUCAGUCCUCCUUUACUUGAAGGAUCCGGAAUGGCUCCCCCCCUGGGGCGGGGUCCUUGUGGGACACUCAGGACCACCUCCCCCCAACCCCAGCUCUGUUUAUAACUAGACUCAGGCCCUAGGAGGCCCCAAAGGGUGAGGUACAAAGUGUGGCCCAUGAUGAGGUGGCUACGCUCCAGAAGAACUUCGUGCAGAUAGAAAUCUGGAGAACACGUGUGGGAUCCAGGUGGCAGGAAUAUGAAAUGCAUCAGGCCAGAUCCAUGGAAACAGGGCCACUAACAGAGGGUCUGGACUUGUUGCAGCCCGAGGAGUUAGAAAGGGCCCCCAGGUGCGGUUGCUUGGUUGAAACAUGGACCACAAGGCAGGUUCGCUGAGUACGGUUGAAAUGCCAGAACCCCCUCAGUGUACUGCAGAGGGGGUGACCCGAGGGUUUGGGGAGAUUGGGGUACUCGAGGGGACUUAACACAUGAGAGCUGCUUACCCUCCAUAAGAGGGGCCAGAGCCUUUUCCCAAGACCUUGAGGAAUACGUCCACAAGGGGAGCUGAGCAUCCUUGGAGAGCUCUGUGGUUUCUCUUCUCUGCACGUCAGUUGGAGCCACCCCCACAGAGCAAGGUUCUCUAAAGGCAGCGGAGUCACUGAAUCUCAGAGUGGCAAAGCCUAGUAGUGACAUUUAACUGUCCACUGUGUGGUUGUGUGGUGGGCAGCCUCAGCCACCAGCAGCCAGACUGGCAGAGAUGUGGGCAUGGUGCCCUUGGGGCCCUGGAAGUGGAGCUGACAGGCAGCCAGAUUGAGUCUAGCUUGGUCUGCUUGAGCGGAAGCAUUCUGGAUCGAGCAGACAGAUGUCUGACCCGGGCCACCGAAAUAGAUUCACAAACCCCCAGUCAGCGCCCCAGGCCCCUUAAGGAAAGACCCCACUACACUGCCAACAAUGUAUACUGCUGGCCUUCUGCCCAGCCUCCCCAGGGACCUAUGGCCACUCCCUAAGGGACUGGAUACCAUUGGAGCUCAUGGAAGGCCCAUCCUGGGGACUGGCCUACCCAUAUGGGCCCUGUUGGACAGAGGGGCUGGCAAGUGUCCUCUAACACCUCUGGGAGGGACCACGCUGGCCCCCGAGUAUCCCGUAGCCACGUCACUAGAUGGGGGACGCAUCCAGAAGGAUUUGCACAUGAUGAAUGUCAGAAGGAGAGGCUCUGUUUGGGCUGCAGGCACUUGAACCUUAUAGAUGUGAGGAAAACUGCCAAGUAAACCACACUCGGGGUACUCCUCACAGGGAGGCUGUCAGGUCAGAGACAAUGGAGAGUGGCCUCACCAAGCCACCGCCUUGCAUGGCUCCCACAAGAGGCCACAUGCUGAGGGUGUUCUCCUAGAACACAGCUGUAUAUGCCUGUGUCACCAAGAUUCUUGGUGACUCCUUCCUUCAGUAGAACCACCGUAUUUACAAAAACAGCCAUAGACGUGUGCGUUCCAGACAAAGGGACAGGGUACUGCAAGUCAGCAUGAGGUUUAUUAAACCCAGAGAUGCUUCCAGAAUGUCUGAGGUGAGCUGUGUGUGUCGGCUGCCAGUGCCUUGCCCCUGGAGAUGGUAGAGGUGUUGGCAGACGCGGACCCAGAGUCCAUACACGGGCCUCACUCUCCUGUAAAGGCAUGAGCAGAGGUGCAUAGAAGAUCACAGGCAACUGACCCCUUACAGAGGUCACGUGCUGGUGAGCAGGGUCCCAGGGACAUCUUGUGGCUGAAUCUUGGUGUACGAGGGCCAAAUUCGUCUGUCAGAGCCCUGCUAGUCCUGUGUGCCUGAUGGGGCCAUGUGGAUAAGGCAAGCAGUUGCCAAGUUCACCCAGGCCUUAUGGAUGUUGUGUGGAAAGACUGGUGGCCAGGACUUUUGUCCACUCAGCUGAGCCACCUGGAACCCCAGUGGUACCAACUCUACUGGAAACACUGGUGUCUGAACCAGUGGGGCCCUCCUCUGUGCCCACUGUGGGGCCCACAGUUUGGUACAACACGGCCUCUGCAUCCACAGGAUCUGGGGCAUUAGCAAAUCACCACAGACCUGACCAGUCUCAAACUCCCCUGUACACCUGGGCCCCGCUCCAACACCCAGCCUGGGGAGGAUACUUCAUGUUUGCAAAGCCUCAGAUGGUCCUUGUCAUAUUCCUAGGGCUGAGUCGUUCCUCAGACCUGACCCAGUAUUGGGGGGCUGGCUGUGCCACGGGACCCAGGUGUACAGGGGCACUGCCAUCUUCCAACAGCUGUGAGAUCCCCUUGCUGGAAGGGCUCAAGCUGAUCUCCCUGAGCAUCCUCCGGUAGGCUGCAGAGUGGCCACAGUGCAUCCCUGCGGCUCUCCCACAGGACAAGCGGGUGCUCUACAAGGAGGAGCCUCUGUGUGGAUCCAAGUUUGCCCUUCACCAGAAGGACGCAUGCGCUCUCAUGGUCAGUCCCUUUGAUGUUAACUUAGGGCCCUGAAUGUUCUGGGAAUGCCUUUUUUUCCUUUGCGUGGGUGCUCAUAGUGGCUUUAUUCAUAAUAGUGCCAAACUAGAAACAACCCAAAUGUGUUGACAGAUGAAUGGACAGAGAAGCAAACUGUGUGGUGCAUCCAUACGGUGUAGUCCCACCAGCCAUGGAGAGGAGCCUGGAUGGACCCUGAGGAACUGGGGUGGGGAGACAGCGUCCAGGCAUCUCAGGCUGCACGCCCAUGUGCCUUCAUGUCAGAUGCUUUCAGCAAGACCCUCCCCGGCCCAGCCCUCCUCCGCACACCCAGCCACAUCUGGCCGUGGCAGCCGGGUGGCUUGGCGAAAUCAGCCCUGUGAUUUUCUGCCUAGUUCCUAAGUGCCUUUCCCAGCUACCUAACGCUGUUCACUGAGCAACGUUUUUCAGGACUUAUACCCAAGUGCCGUUUCAUUCAGGAGCCACUUGAAUUUAGCACAGUCCACAAUGGCCAAACCGUGGUGAUUCUGACAUCAGUAUUGCCCAGGAUGACGAGGAAGGCUGUGGCUCAGGUGCCCAGGGGGCGGGAGACCCGAGGUUCCCCAGGUGAGCGAGGGGUUUCCGCUGGCCAAGCGUCGCUCAUCAGGUGUCCUCAGGCGUCCUCCCCCUCAGCAAGCCGCUUUCUGGUCCAGCCCAUCCACCGAGAGAGGCUCACCAGUCUCUCGAAGAAGUCUUCAUUAAUACUGUCUUAAGAGAGGCUGCUCACAACCAGAGAAAACUCUCCCGGACUAGCGAUGGAAUCAGCGUGCAGUUCUGGCUCUGGUCAAUAUGUUCUGCUGUUCUGUCCUAUUAGAAGAGCUUCCAUGGGUUAGGAGCGCGGGCGCGGUGUGGCCAGGGCCUCUGGUUGGAGCCUCACAGGCUGUAGUUAGGUGUCAGUGGGGUGGGCACCUCUUCCAGCCCUCCUGGUUGUUAGCAGGAUCCAGAGCCUCAGCUCCUGGAGGCUGCCCAGCCUCUUCACGGCCAGCAGGAGUGGCCUUAGGGUAUUCUGUGUGGUGACUUCAUCGCCCCGGGUGGGAUCUGGAUGUUCUACCGGGGAGACAAAAGCAUCCCCGGUCACCACCUCCGGGGCGAAGGGUGCCUCUCAUCAGCAGGACAGACAGGGCUGCGGCAGGGCCCCCCUCCAGGCCACCUCCCCUGAAGGGCAAGCAGCUGUGUCAUCCUGACCAGCCAGCCCAGGCAAGUGAGUGGCCCAGCGUGUGCCUGCCUCAGGAGCCUUCUGCUGAUCCUCUUCCAGACCCAUGGUAACCCUGCAAGGCCGGUCCCACAGUCAUGCCCACCCGGCACAUGGGCAGGUGGACAGCGCUUACCCAGCACCCACUGUGGGCCGGGGUCCCUCUCGGACAAGCAGGAGGCUCGUGGCAGACCAGGCCGCGACCAGGCCGAUGCGGUCCCCGGACAUUGAGAAUUCACCACCUUUGCCUGUGCUCUCUGACUUUCAGCGGUGGGACAACGUCGGACAGCCAUGGGCUUGGGAAAUACACAAAGCAGCCUCCGCGUGUGGCAGGGGGCAAGCCUGGGGAGCUGGACGAGGCACUCAGACAUUGAGGAUUAGCUGAGGAAGGGGGAACCUCGCUGUGCUCGCCCGGCAGGGUGGCUUUGUGCUGACGUGCAGUGCGUGUCUUCACGCUCCUGAGUGAGUGAUGUUCAAUCAGGUGUUACCCACCUGCGUCUGUGCCAAGAAGCCACAGAACACCCUCUGCACAAAAGGACUGUUUGCACAAAGAAAAAACAUUCCUUCAGGGGGUUCUUUAGAAACGCUUGAUACUCAACUAGCUAUAACUUCAUGGGAAAGCCUGGUGUCAAAGACGAGCUGGCACAGACGAAAACCUUCCAGAACUGAGCUUGCCGUGCACCUGUGCUUCGGGGCGGGCAAGCCGUCGCUGCCCCAGCCCGCAGCUCGGGGGGCAGGGGGUGCUGUUGGUGCGUUGGUGCUGCGGCCGCCCCAAGUCCGGCACACUCCAUCUCUCCUGCAGCACCGCUGUGCUCGCUCCUGCCUGGACUCAGCCUCCCGGGCCAAGGUCUCCAGCUCGCCCAGGAGCUCCGUUGGGAGCCAGGUGGGAGGGAAGCCCCUGGGCCGGACAGAGCUGAGCAAGAUGCUGAGAGCCACGCAGCGGCUGUGAGUGGGGCAGACAUACACCCAACGCGCCAGAGACGUGCCCACCAGGUACAGGACUGUCGGUUCUACAGAGGAAGUCCUAAACCUGUGCUUAGGGAAUCCCUGCGGGAAAACAUUCGAGCGAGAGAUAGAGCCACAGACCGGAGGAAGUAGGGCAUACCCGUACCAUGGGCUAAGCUGAGAGAAGGUGCUCAGGGCCUUCAGAUGAAAUGCUUCUGCCUCCAUCCCUGCCAGGAGGGGGCCUAGAGCUGCUCCACCUGUCCACCCAGCACCCGACGUGGGCUCUCAGAUCUUGGAGCAGGGUUAAGAAUGUACAUCCUGUGGGCCACAGACAGACACCCUUGUGUCUGGGACCUCGGGCCCACAGAGCCACAAGUAUUCAUGUGCGUUGGCCCCUGCUUCCGUGGCAUGGGGCAGACGUGGGGAAUCUUGCUACUGCGACAAAACCAAGAGGCGUUCAGAGGUGCCAAGAGCCGCACUAAAGGCCAAGGGGCCUCCCACACGGGCCUGGGAUGCGUCAGGCAGCAAGAUGACGGUCACCGUCGUCUGUUCAAACGGGCAAGAUUCCGAUGGGCCAAGAAGUCUCAUUGACACUCGGACAAGAGAAGUUAACAUGAAGUAGGCCAGCAAGUAUUGUAGUAGUGAAGUAGUCCAAGCAUGCCUGAAGAUUGCUAUAGGUUGAAUGUCUGUGUCCCCCCACAAAUUCAUAGGUUGAAACCUAACCCCCCGGGUGAUGGUACUAGGAUGGGGCCUUGAGGAGGUGCUUAGGUCAUGGGGUGGAGCCUUUGUGAAUGGGAUCAGUGCCUUAUACAGGAGACCCCAGAGGGCGACCCCUGCCCUUUUGCCACGUGAGGACCGAAGAAUCGGGCUCUCGCCAGACUCUGGCUCUGCCUUGAUCUUGGACUUCUAGUCUCCAGAACAGUGAGAAACGAAUUUCUGUUAUUUAUAAGCCACCCAGUCUGUGGUAUUUUGUUGUAGCAGACUGAAUGGACUGAGACAAGAUGAUAUAUUUUUAUUGUUUAUUUCUAAGAUGUGGAAUGUUAAGGGGGCACCUGGGUGGCUCAGUGGGUUAAGCGUCUGACUCGAUCUCGACUCAAGCCAUGAUCUCAGGGUUGUGAGAUCGAACCCUGCAUCGGGCUCUGCGCUGGGCAUGGGGCUUGCUUAAGAUUCUCUCUCUCCCUCUCCCUUUCCUCCUCUCCGCCUCUAAAAGAUAAAAUAAAAUAAAAUAAAAGACGUGGAAUGUUAAGAAAUCAAGUCAUUUGGUUUCAUCCUGUUGCAAUAAUCUGUCGCUGCGUUAAUAAGCCGGUCCAAACUCAGCAGUGUACAGUAUGUAUGUGGCAUCCAAGGGUCAGCAGGUUGGGAAGCUUGGUGGGGCGGUGGAGCCUGGAGAGGGCUGGGCACAGGGAGCACUGUCGACGGGAGCACCUUUGCAUGGCUUCUCAGCAUGGCGGUCUCAGGGGAAUCAGACUUCUUACAUGGGGCCUCCAAGAACUCAUCCAGCAAAUCAGGAGCCUUCUCCACCCAGUCCUGGUAUCAGGAAAGGGACACGGAUCCCACCUCGUGAGGGAGGAAAGUCAGAAUAUUUUCAUCCUUUACAAAAUAAGGCUCGUCCUUGUUAUCUCUCUCUGUGUAGCAAGAAAGAGUCAACACAGACAACUGAGACCCCAGGACUCUGGGGAAGAAGCCUGGGGCAGGACCAGGGCCUCCCGCCAUGGCCAGGAGGGAGCAUCGAGCCACGCACUCCCUCCAGCCAUGCACAGGGCACCCCUCACCCCACCCUGCAGGGUGUGAUGAAAUGCUCACGAAGAAGCUUACUCAUCCCUACACACCAGGCCAUAUCUCCAAAUAAAUGGACAGCAGAUCUGGACCUCCCAUCCACAUGAAACCCAAAGAAUCCUUCAUCUCAGGGAAUAUGAGAUACGGGGCUGUCAUCAAGAGUUCCUCAACCUAUGGAGAAGUUUUGUUACAAAGCAGGCCAGGGUAGGGCAGCCUUACUCAGUGGCAGCCCCGGGCCUUCCUGUGGUGCCCAGCCCAGAGCUGAGCUGUCCACUGACCGGUCAGUAGUCUGAGCCCUCGGGGUGCUGAGAACACACCUAAGGAAGAAUAAGAAGCAGCCCAAGGAGAAACCAAACACAGUUUAGCACUUUUAGUACCAGCUUUAGUGAAUCUCAUAUCAUGUGCAUGUGUGUGUGUCUUGCCUAAGAUGUUAAGAUAUUUUCAGAUCUCUAUGUUAGGCUUGUCAUUCUUGUUAAAUAUUUAGAGGUAUUUUUAGUGCAUUUGCAACCAAUGUUUCAAAUUUUAUUCUGUUCAAUAUCCAUACAUUUUGAUAUAUCCACCGAGUAAGGGUGUGGCUAUAGUGAGAA